AUGAGUGAACAAACACAGGAACAGGGCCACAGAAGAAACAAAGCGUCCAUUACUCGGGCAACAAGACCGAGGUCCUCUACCAAAGGCCCUCUUGAUGCCGACAAUGGACUAUUGACGUCUCCGACGACUUCGACCCCUCAGCUCAGCCCAAGCCUCCAGCCAUCACCAGCCUUUGCAUCACAGGCUCGACACGCCACGCCGUCUCCGGCUCCUCAACUGGGAGAGGCGAGACCAAAGGACUUUUCAUUCCUCCUUCAGCCCGAGAUCUACCAUCCCCUCAACGUGCAAAACGUGCCCCCUGCGUUCAGAAACUCUCCAAAACAGCCCACCUCGGAGACGCCCCUGGAAGAACUGCUCGCCAAAGGCCACUUCCGAGCAGCAGCCAUCGCAGCAGCACAAGAACUCACCGGCUCAACGGUCAGCGGCAGCCCCGUUGAUCCGCAAGAUGCCACCAGGAUCUUUCGGCUGCUGUACACCCGGCUCGCCUGUCUCACCCUGAUCGAUGCUACCUCGCUCGCGGCCCAGGAAGCCAAGGCGCUGGAGGACCUCAACGACGCCCGCAGGUACAUUGACGACAACACGGGCGAGCAUCUUGUGCCGUGGGAGCUGCGCGUGCUGCACGUGCGUCUGCAGGCGCUGGGCUUUGGUGAUGCCCGCCGAGCCGUCAUGAGCUACCACGACCUCGCCAGGGAAGCCAGGGAUCGCAUCAGAAAGGCUUCCCUGACACACGACAACUCGGCAAGAGAGUUGUGGAAGUCACGCCUGCACGAGCUGGGCAUCAAGGUCGCAGGGGCCCUGAUCGAGAUGGACGAUCUCUCUGGCGCAGCGCACCAUCUCGGCAGCUUGCGAGACCGAGGCGAUGGCAAGCUGGCGCUGUCCAAGGCAUUGCUAUGGCUGCACCUUGGCGAUACAGCAAAUGCAAAGGCUUGCGCAAGCCAGUGCUCGGAGACCAUGGAGAACGUGGAGAAGAUUAUCCUGGCCUUGUGCGACAUGGCAGAUUCAAACUAUGAGGAGGCACUGCAAAAGUGGCAGGAGUUUGACAGCUCAAUAGCGGAUGAGAUGAUUGGCGUGAACCAGGCAGUGUGCCUCAUCUAUCUUGGACGAAUCCAAGAGGGACGAACGAUAUUGGAGAAGCUGGUCGAUUCGGGUCUGUCGUCUCAUACGCUGCUCUUCAACCUCUCGACGGUAUACGAACUGUGCUCGGAAAGGAACCGAAUACUGAAGGGGAGGCUCGCGGAGAGGGUGGCGAACCUGGAGGAAUCACCGUUUGGAUGGGAGAAAACUAAUGCCGACUUCAAGCUGUGA